UUCUCUCGUCUGCCACGCUCACAUCCCAUAAUCCCGCUCAUUGCUCGCGCAGAUGUGGACUUGAAGACUAGUCAACUCAAUCUCUCGUCACAAAAUUGCCAUUUGUAUGUAAUUGCUCGACAUGUAUUUCACAUUAAAUUAGACAGAACCUGAAGACCGCUGGGCACAAGUAGACCAAUGCUCUUUUUGGGAAUAAAAUAAACUACCCUUUUUUUGGGGGGUGCGUAGGUUGGUUGUCUUGACUAGAGCAACAGUAUGGAUCUCUCAUUUAUGGCUGCACAGAUCCCAGUCAUGACGGGGGCCUUCAUGGACUCCUCGCCCAAUGACAACUACAGUGCCGACCACUCGCUCUUCAAUUCCUCAGCCAGCGUCCACGCCACCUCUGCGGCCACCUCAGCCCAGGCCCAACAGGACGACCAGUCCUCGUCCAGUGAUGCCAUCUGGCUCUGGAUUGCCAUCAUCGCUACUAUCGGCAACAUUGUGGUGGUGGGAGUGGUCUACGCAUUCACCUUCUGAUCCAUCUUGCCUUCCCGUCCACCAAGCCAAAAAUUAGAGAGCCUCCCCAUGGGGGAACGUGAUAAAAGACAAAGGAUAAAUAUCACAUACUGUAUGACCAAAGGGCUCUGGGAUAUGAACGCUGGCUGUGGUGUGGGGGUUCUUUAGUUGAAGGUUCAGCAACAUUCACUUUCAAUAAAAAAAACUUGGAAAGUUUCAGGAUAGGAACAGUAUACGCAGUAUGCACAAGUUCUGAAGGGUAUUUUCAACUUUAGUCGCCUAACUUUCAAUAGACAUCACACUCCUGGAUGUUGUUGUUGUGUUGCAUUGUGGGGCUGAAAGGGCUUAAGAUACGGAGAGGGUGAACUGGACCAUCUUAAAUGUCCCCCAGAUAGAAGAGAGGCAAUUAAGAGGAGUGCUGCUUAAUUAUUUGGAUGAACAGAGACGUGAAUCUUAAAACGUUUAAGGGACGCUGGGAUUACUUCUGCAUUAGCCAUGGGCUCAGCUUCUUACAGUUCGUUAUCUGUUCUGCCAAAAGAACGCUCAAAGUAUUAUCUUUCCUUUGUAUUAUCGACAGAAAAUGGACCAACGGAUACUGGCUUUAAUUAAACAUACCUGCAACAUCCUACAACUGUUAUUGCUUCUCAGUUUCUAUAGCAAUGCCACACCAGUUUAUGGUCCAAUUAAGAAAAUCACUUCACCAUCUAAUUUACUCUGCUAAAUCUGCAUCUGAAACAUUAUUUAUUACACUAUACAGUACAUCUAUCAUUGACAUUCCACUUUUUUAUAACAAACCUCUCACAAAGAUAGUAAAGUAGACCUGAAAGAUAUAAGCACACUUUACAUGAGCAGAAAUAACAUACAGCUUUAGGUUGUCAUAGCCAAAUUGUUAUUUAGCUACCCUCUUUGAAGUCUUCAUGUGCUGUAUAAGCUAAAUAAGUGGUGUGCUAGAAAGGCUGAGUGUUGUUCUACCUGUUUCUGUCAAGCUGGGCUUUUUAAAUGCAGAACUGUUCAGUGAAUUAGCUUUUUGCUGCCAUGGGGUCCAGGGCCAGUUGUUACUAUGGUGAUUAAUCCUCGUCCUUUAAUUGAGAAUAUUAACAAGACACUAGCGAGGCCCCUGUUGUCAUCACGGUCCCCAACUCUCUCCAAACGUUGUACCAACACACAGAUUCUGUUGUACAUGUACAGUGAGGGAAAAAAGUAUUUGAUCCUCUGAUUUUGUACGUUUGC